GGAGCCCGAUGAGGUGGUCCGUCCUCCGUCAGACCGCGGUGGGAAAAGCUGGUUGAGUGUCCGGACCGCUUUCAAGUCCCGAAACGUAAGCGGACAAGCCGGACCGCCGAUGGCCAAUUCAACGGGCGCCCACGUCGUUACGUCGGGUCAGACUGCAGACGCUGGAGCCGGUGGCGGCAACAGUGGCGGUGCGGGUAGCGGAGGUGGAGCAGUGGAGGGAGAUAACCCGGAGUACAUCGCCUUCGUCCUGGUGCCGGUCUUCUUCCUGCUGGGCCUGCUGGGCGUACUCAUCUGCCACGUGCUGAAGAGGAAGGGCUACCGCUGCACCACCGAGGCCCAGGAUGUGGAGGAGGAGUACGAGGGAGCGGAGAAGGACCUAGAGCAGGGCACAGAACUGAAUGACACCUUCAGUGAAAACAAUGACACCGUGGGACAGAUUGUCCGCUACAUCAUGAAAAACGAAGCAACACGAUGCCUUAAAGCCAUGGUCCGUGACAACAGCAUCGACUCAGAAGGUCCCCCGCUCACCCCGACCUCCCCCACUACCCCGACUCCUCCACUGACUCCUGUGUCACCGGGGGCCCCCGCGGGGGCUGCCAAGCACACCUGCAGCCUGCACACCAUCGGGGGCCUGGGGGACCAGAAGAACAUCUGCAGCCGCUGCAGCCAAAAGAAGUGGCCGCUGAUGAGGCGACCGUCGGGCAAUAGGGUCGAGCACCGCAGGAGCCAUCAUGGAGAGGUCACCGUACUGGCCGUGGGCAGGUUCCGUGUGACGAAGUGUGACAAGCCGAACAGGGAGAGGCGGACCUUGCUGAUCUCUGAGUCCAACGGGAGCGUCCCCGCUUCCCCUACGGAGACGCAGCCCGAAAGCAGAACCACAUCCGAAACUCAGCAGGACCAAGUGGACAACUGUGGGGAAAACAGCAAGUGACAAACUUCCAGGACAAAGAUGUGCAAAGACUGGAGUGGUGGGACAGGAACCGGAAGCUUUUUAAACCCAGCUGGGGAUGCGGGAAUCACGUAUCGGCACCAGGGAGAGACGUAUUGGACAGCAGCAGUGUUAAUCUGGGAACGUUUGUUUCCGCCAUCUUGUCUCAGUGCCUUCAAGGCGACAGACGAGUGCUGGUGUCGGUCGCGGUAAUGAUGAUGGACAGAGCGGGGCGUAGAUAUCCCUCCUUUAACACCUCCGCCAGAGUCAUACUCUUUUUUUUUAAUGCAUAGACGGGGGAUAUUGUGGGUAUAUGUGUGUAUUUGUGAUUUUCUGUACUGAUUCCCCCAUAAUGUACUGCAGGCUGUCCGGCACAAGGACACUUCAGCAGGCGGAGAAGUUUACUGCCACAGGGUUCCUCUGGUUGGAGGAUGAUCUUCCUCCCCAUGUUAUCCUGUUACCUUCUGUUCAUGCACCUUUUUGUAUGAGCGUGUGACAUAGCCCUUGAAUUAAUUUGUCUAAUUGUUCCGUUUUCUACAUACACCCCUCCAAAACGUCCAUAUCUUGGUCCACACAGAAGUACGGUCAGCUGCUCAGUGUCCAUGGGAAAGAAGAAUAAUGGUUGUCGGAUUGUGGUCACAUGGUCACACAACCAGGAAGCAGGACGGUCCACAGGCAGAGAUGACACAUGCAGCGAGCCCGUUCUUUAUGACACAUCUGUGGUGACGUGCAGGACACGGCGUCGGCGUUGUCCUCGGGGACGAUCGGGCGUCCUGACAGUGCACGCUAGGGGAAAUUGCCUGUCUCUCGGUGUGAUUUUUCAACCCGUUUCCCCCUCUGCUGGCGAUAAUUUACUAACGUGGAUUUUUCAACCUCGAUCUAACCUCUAAUGAGGAGGAACAAUACUGAAUUCUGGGUUGAACAAGGGGGCAGAAGCUGUCUGAAUUCGCUGAGAACAAGCGGACACUAAUGCGCAGACAGGGACUCCUCGCUGGUUGGUUUAUAGCUAUUGUAAAAGCCCGUGGGUGGCGGCGUUAUCGCACAAAGACCAGCGGAGCCCAGGUCCACAUGCCAGAGCCAAGCCAGUCUUCAUCCCCCUCCUUCAAGGUGACUUCUCACUGGCUAGACAAUAGGUGAAUCUUCACAUACCGGAUAGACCGUUCCUUAAUUCUUCUCCAUCUAGUGAUGCAACCAUUAACAGAUAUACAGACUGGAUCAUAUCACCUCAUACAUGGGGUACUUAAAACACAGUUUUAGUUACCCCAGAAGUUUUUUUUUUCUUUCUUAAAGACGGUCUGGAAAGCACCAGAGUGGUCCGAACAAUAUGGCUGAAAUGUUUACACCAGGAACAAAUUGAAAAAGCUUUACUCUUUUCGGCCUGUGUAGUUAAGAUAUGCGGAUUUGCCAGGGGCUUGGCUGGACCUCUAAACCAGGCCUUGCACCAUCAGUAGUGUGUUGUUCUGGCCCAGUGCUGACCCCCUAAUGCUCUUUUUUUGUUUGUUUUGCUGUUUCUAAACUUCCAUUAAAAACAGACCCCUCCUGCCGGUCUGUUGCGUUCAGCCGUGCGCCGUACACUGACUAUGGAAAUUCACUGUGAUGAAGCUGCCUAGUUUAAUCCAGCCAUGAUUAAUUGUAUGUCGUUGUACACGUCGCUCUGUUUUUAUCAUCGCUGAGCUAAAGGGUCAUACAAAAAUUACCGUACAAAUGACUUAAACCCGUUAUGGAUUAUCUUCUGUCCCAGUACGCCUCAUCAUUUUUAAUGAAAUCUGUACUGCACUUCUAAAGGUGUGUGUGUGUACAUGUGUGUGUAUAUGUGUGUGUGUAUUUACAGAUGGUAGACACUUUCUGUCAUUUGUUUACAAAAUCAGACAUUUUUAUUGGCUAACGAUCCACCAGAAGUUGUUGCGGAGGGGGAAAAAAAGUUUGUCAUUUCGUUCACGUCAACUCCACAAAUGUGUUUUCAUUUUAAAACCUCUUUGUGUGCGUUUGUGUGAGAGAGAGAGAGAGAGGAAGAGAGGGAUUCACGCCAUUAGAAUUUAAGAAAUGACUGCCACACGUUCACGUUGAAGGUAAAUAAUUUUGUGUAUUUUCUUGCACUAACGAGGGGAAAUGCCGUCUUUUUGAAAAAUCAGUUCCACUCCUCUUCUCUCCAGAUUCUCCACUCGCACCAUAAAUUGUAAAAUUACGAAAGAAAUAUGAGCUCAUAACUUGUCUGGUUAAGGCUGUGCAUUUUCUUGUGUCAUUACUUGUUCGGUGUCUCUGUCAACACAAGUCAUAAAUCUGUUGAUCUAGUAUUUCCAGUGGUUCUCAAUCAGGCCCUCAGUUUCAUUACACUCGCCUGUCGUUCCAGGUGUAAAACCUCCCUGAUUGGAGGAUGAACAACUGGAACGACAGGUGACCGUAAUGAAGUACCGGGUAGAACAGGACACCAACAGCACUGAGGACCUGAUUGAGAACCACCGACCUAAUUGAUGACAUUUAAAGUUGGAGUUAGGCUCAGUCUAACCUGAGUCCAUCUCUACAGUCAUUUGGCCAAAGCGGGGCUCACAAAGAAACUUUAAAACGGUCUGUCACGGGUUUUGUUCGUUUAAGUGCCCUCCACCUCUUUUACAUUUUGCCAAAGAAGAAGUGAUUUGCUGACAUGAGAUUGGAGACGGGCCAGUGGAAGUGAAGGAGACUAUAGACAGACCUGUGCCAAUUCAGAUUUACCAACCAAACCCAACAUUAUCCUCAACCUGUUGUUAUGAAAAAGUUGUGCUAGUUUGUGAACUUCAUUUCAAGAUGAUGAUUAUUAUUAUUAUUAUUUUUUUGAUUGACAUUCUCGUGUCUUUGGUCUUGUUCAUAUUCUAGAAAUGAAUGUUUGAGGAACAGCUCAUAUGCUUCCCUCGCCUUUGUCUUUUUAGAUUUAUAUUUUGUGUACUGUAUAAGGAAAUAAAGCUGACUAACAGAUGACAAGCUAUUAAAAGCAAUCUGAAUUUUGACUUGUAUGAUCACUAAUAAAAAUACAUUUGAGAUGAAACCUGUGUUGGAUGGUGGUGGUGUGUUUUAACACAGCCUUCGUGUUGCUAACGGGUACGAAACUCGACUACAUUACGUUGAUUAAAGCAA